AUGAUUCGCAGUUGGUGUCUCUGCAUAACAUUGCUGCUGUCGGCAUUGGCGGACAUUACCUUGGCAGCCGUUAUCGUCGUCGCAACCAACGAGACAUACAUUGAUCGUAUUGCAGCAUUUGGACCAAGGUUAACCGAAGAAGGUGUGCUUGGAAGUCUUUUACCACCGACACAUGAAGAUGAUCGUUAUGGAUGCGAUAUUGUGACGCCUCCAUGUGAGAACUGGGUUGCAUUGAUUGAGCGAGGCGAGUGCUCCUUUGUCGACAAGGUUAGAGCCAUGCAAGCAAGCGGUGCCAUUGCAGCUGUAGUCGGAGAUAAACAUUACAACGGCUGGAUCACCAUGUAUGCACCAGGUGACACAUCGGAUGUUCAGAUUCCAAGUGUAUUUGUCGCACAGCAUCAAUAUCAAGCUCUACUUCAACUAUCUCGCUCAUUCCGGGAACCUAUGCUUGUUCGGCUAGUUAAGGAUGACAUGUUAACAUGGCCACUCCUUGACAUGUUACUGGUGGUCGUUUUAUCACCUGCUGUCAUGAUGCUUUUCAUCUAUUUGACAUGGCGACUACGUCAACGACAACGACGCAAAAAUGAAUUAGCGCCAACUGACUUUGUAACACGAUUACCGACACGCAAGUUUCGACGAGAAAAACAAGAUCAGCAUAAUGAAGAUCAUGCAGAAUGUGCUAUAUGCCUGGAGGAUUAUGUCGAUGACGACAUCCUACGUACAUUACCUUGUCGUCAUGAAUUUCACGCUUCUUGUGUUGAUGCAUGGCUGACGACACAUAAAAAGUUUUGUCCCAUCUGUAAAUACGACAUUUGUCGCAAGACUCCGGAGUCAUCAACAGAACGCACCCCUCUUCUCAACGCAUAG